GGGGAUAGAUUAUAUAGAGAUUUAUUACAUUGUUUAUUUAAGAACACUUUAACAGCUGGAUUCAUGAAUUAUACAGAGGUUAACCAAACUGACUACUGCCUGCAGUUUGCCUGUCCAGAGAGAUCUGUAUCUGCUGUGUAUGUGUUACUGUAUGUAUCUGCAGCUGCUGUAGUUCUGUUAACAGUGUUUGGAAAUCUGCUCAUCAUUAUCUCUGUUUGUCACUUCAAGCAGCUCCACACUCCAACUAACAUGCUCAUCCUCUCUCUGGCUGUAUCAGACUUUCUGGUUGGAGCUCUAGUGAUCCCAAUAUCAUUAAUAUGGACAAUUGAAACAUGUUGGAUAUUUAGUAGAGAGUUUUGUAUUUAUUUAAUACUAACCUCGUAUUUCCUUACAAGCACAUCUAUAUAUAAUGUCGCUCUGAUCGCUGUUGAUCGGUAUUUUGCUCUUUCUAACCCAUUUCUCUACACUAACAAAGCCUCUGUGAACAAAAUAUGCUUUGUGGUUGUUUGUGAUUGGUGUGUAUUGUUCUUCUAUAAUUUAGGCGUGCAUUAUUUUAAUAGAAACUUUAAAAGUUUAGUGAUGUGUCCUGGAGACUGCUUUCUUGUUUUGGAUGAAAUUUGGUCUCUGGUUGAUCUUCUAUUCAUUUUUGUUUUUCCCUGUUCUGUUAUAAUUAUACUGUAUGGUUUAGUUUUUGUUCUUGUAAGGAAACAUGCCACCGCUAUCAGAGAUCUCAAUGUUCAUACUAAGACUCAGACAUCAAAGAAUGCAACAGAGUCCAUGAAAUCUGAGAGAAAAGCAGCAAAAUCACUUGGAAUAGUAGUUUGUGGUUUUUUGGCUUGUUUAUUCCCAUAUUUUAUUUACAGUCUUUUGGGCAAAGCCAUUGCAGUUGAAGUAGAAUCAUUUCAGAAAGUGCUGAUCCUUGUUUAUUUAAAUUCUACUAUUAAUCCAGUUAUUUACGCUUUGUUUUACCCUUGGUUUAGAAAGUGUGUCAAACUGGUGUUAACAUUUCAAAUAUUCAAAAGAAAUUCUGCAUUGAUAAAAGUUGUUUAAUACAUAUUUGUACACUGUUUUCUGUUUUGAGGCUUGCAGGUAAAGUUGCAAAUGUAACAAAAAUUUGUUGGUGUAUGUCAUAUUAAUGUCUGUAUGAAAUCAACUAUACACAUAUAGUUUGCUGCACUGUCACAUACCAGGCAACUUAACCCCUUAACAGACCAGGAUUUUUGUCUGCCUGACAUUACACCACUAAAUCUUGAGGAUUUCUAUUCAAGCAUUACAUAAAAAGCUUUCAUGCCUGAUAAGGAACAUUAAUGUCAAGCAUAAUUGUAAUUGUAAUAGAAUAUAUAAAAAAAUGUUUAAGUGAAUAAGUAAAUCUGCUCUCAAUGUCAAAACAUAAUGAAAAAAAUCAUAAAAUUGUCCCUUUCAUGAACUUAAUUUUAAAAUCAAUAUUUUCCUAAAUACAAAUCAAACAGUUCAUGUCCUCCAGACCUUUAGUUUUGUUAUGUUUGUCUGGUUUUUGCGUCUAUUUUCAAACAUGCAGAAUUUUGGUUGAUUCCUGUUACUGAUCUGGAAUUAUUAAGUGAAGUAGAGAGAAAACAGACAGCUUUUCCAAGUGUCCUGUAGCAGAUUUUAAAACCCUCAACAUUUUCAGAAUGUAAAUAAAUUAUUUUACUGCACAAAAUAAGGGUUUCAUAUCACCUAAACCCAAAGCCUGUAUACAGGACAAGGCAUUUUAAGGGGUUAAACAAUCAUGCAUUCUGUGUUGCUACAAAAGGUGACAAUAUAAUAGCUGAGCACUGCAUUACAAUUCAUGUUCUGUAGAUUCAGUGCUUUCUAUUGCUGUGUGGAGUCUGGUGUCCUACUCAUACUAAGUGUUCUAGUUUUUGUUAUUAAAAAAAAAACAGUCACUGCUAUUUGAGAACUUAAAUAAAUAGAAUGAACUCUAAACUUUAGAACAGAAAAUGUAAGCACAGACAUGAGUUAUAUAUCAGUAUAUACAGUCCAGUUUCUAACAUUUUUAAAUAACACAUUAUUUCACACCUGAACAGCAUUUUUAACAUAAAUUUUUACAAGCUCAAGAGUAAUUAUGUGUCUACAUGUGAUAUAUUCCCUUUUCAUUACUUGACAAAUUAAAGAAGUAAAAUGCCUGAAAGUAAUUCCAAUUGCCCAGUUUGCCUUUGGUUAUCAAAUCAAAUUUAUUUGUAUAGCACUUUUUACUACUGAUGUUGUCACAAAGUAGCUUUACAGAAAUGUGAUCACAGGACAGAGAAUCAGGCAAAACAUUAAACAUAAAAAAUACAUUCAGAAUCCCCAGUGAGCACAGAGGGAAAGGAACAAUUCUCUGAAAGAGGAAGAAACCUAGGCUUACAUAUAUAAGGGGGGAAACAUCCUACCACUGGUCAAACAGCUUUAAAUUAAAUUUAAAAAGUUAUAUUCAGAUGAAAGCAGUUAGAGUAAAUUUGAAUGUUAUUUGUAGUGGAGAGUGGCAACUAGUCCGAGGUCUGUUGCAAAACUGGAUGAUGGGCAGCUGAUCUGUGGUGGGUGAUGGGAAGGCUGAGUUCCAGAAACUUCCACCGGUCUGGCCGGACAGGAGACAGGAGGACCUGAGGGUCCAACAUCCAUCGGUAUCGGACUGAACAGGAGGGCACUCAGUUACUCGGAGGUUACCAUUCAGGAAAACUUUUAUUACAACCACAAUCUUAAAAACAGUAUGGACAGUAUGGAAUUUUUUUGCAGACAGUAUUAACCCAAUAUAUUUCAUGUUUUGUCUGCUUUUGUCAACUUUUUAUUUAUUAAUAAACGUCCAUUACUGUAUUUCACACCUAAACCACAUUCCAAAGAAGAUUUAGUAUGGGGCACUGUAGGGCUUGUUACGAGGUAAAA